GUUUUCCUUUAUUAAAAUAAUGGUGACUUAUGGUGGAGACGAAGUAAAUGCCGUCGUGUUGGACAUGGGAUCAACUUCCACACGCGUAGGUUUUGCAGGCGAAGAAGUACCUAAAGCUAUAAUUCCAACUUGUUAUGGUGUUGAUCAAAAUAACAAUUAUCAUGUGGGUGACGCUCAACUUAACACAUGGAGACCUAACGUUGAGAUCAAGAAUCCAAUGGAGGAUGGCAUGAUUCGUGAUUGGGACGCCGUUGAACAGAUUUGGAAAACUGCUUUCCAAGACUAUCUUCACAUCAAUCCUUCAGAGCAUCCCUUUUUAUGUACUGAACCAGCCUGGAAUACAACAGAGAACCGUGAAAAACUGAUGGAAUUGGCUUUUGAAAAGUUUGAUAUGCCUGCUUUUUAUGUAGCAAAGAGCCCUGUGAUGACAGCGUAUUCAGUAGGCAGAGCCACUGCUUUAGUUUUAGAUUCAGGAGGAAGCAUCACGAGUGCAGUACCUGUUUAUGAUGGUUAUGUCUUGAAGAAGGGUAUCUUGCAUCAAUCAAUAGGCGGCGAUUUGCUAUCAGAACAGAUUAAAGAGCACCUGAAAAAUGACUUGAGAAUGAAUAUAACCCCACUUUAUAAAAUUGCGAAAAAGAAGCCAGUUGGAGCUGGUGAACGGCCUCAAGUUGAAUUACGAGAAAGACCAAACACAACAAAGAGCUUUGAAGAUUAUCAUGUUUCUAGAAUUAUUCAUGAAUACAAAGAAUCCGUAUCUCAGGUAUCAGAAAUUCCUUUUGACGAGCGAUUGAUGGCACAAAGGCCUCAAAGACCCUUUGAAUUUCCUGAUGGUUAUAAUACGACAUUUGGUGUAGAAAGAUACAGAGUACCAGAGAUCAUGUUUAACCCACACCAUAUUCGUGUGCCUCCAGUUGAACAAGGAAAAGAAAACGAAAAGAUUCCUUCAUUAGGAUUAUCCAUGAACCAACUUCGACAUACUGUUGGUGUCUCUAAGCUUGUUUAUAACAGUAUCACAGCUUGUGAUAUGGAUUUGCGUCCUCUAUUGUUUAAUAAUGUCAUCGUCACAGGUGGAAACACACUCUUUUCUGGGUUCAUUGAACGACUGAGUAACGAGUUGCCCAUGAUGAUACCAGGCGCAAAGGUAAAAGUUCAUGGCGCAGGAAGUCAGAUUGAACGUAAGUGCAGUAGUUGGUUAGGUGGCUCUAUUUUAGCUUCCUUGAAUACUUUUCAUCAAAUGUGGAUAUCAAAGAAGGAAUACGAAGAAAUUGGAUCUUCGAUCAUAGAAACAAAGUGUCAAUAAAUGCAUAU